AUGCCCCCUCCGACGAAACGACGGCGGACCGAGCCGACCGCAGUGGAAGAGAUCACCUUUGACCUGUCCGCACGACAGGAAUACUUGACGGGGUUCCAUAAGAGAAAAUUACAGCGGGCGAAGCAGGCCCAGGAAGCGGCAGCGAAGAGGGCCAAGGCGGAGAGGAUUGAGCAUCGGAAACAGAUUCGCGAGGAACGAAAAGCCGACCUUGAGAGGCAUGUGAGAGAAGUCAAUGCUCUCCUUGUGCCUGCGGAUGCGGCCCCGGGGGUGGAUGAUGAAAGGGAGAGUUCAGGGUCUGACGAUGAAUGGUCUGGGAUUACAGACCUAGAACCACCUCCGAUUGAUCAUGAAGCGGAAUACGUUGAUGAGGACAAAUACACCACAGUGACAGUGGAAGCGAUGGAUGUGACGCGCGAAGGGCUGUUCAAGGCUGGGCAAGAAGACGCAGAAGAGAACGAGGAACAGGCCCGAGAUGCCUCAGAAGAGCCGGCGUCUGAAAAGAAGCGAAGAUGGACCAAAGACAAACCCAAAGAUGCUGGUCACAGGGGCAAGAAAAAGAAGAGGAAUUUCAGGUACGAGAGCAAAGCGGAGAGGAAAGCAACUCGAUACAAGGAGAGAUCCAAGAACAAAAAGCAAGCGCGAGAGCGAAAGUCUGGAUGA